AUGACUUCCACGCCCUCGAGUCGCCUAAGGCUAACGCCGUCCAACUCGCCGUUCCUCGGCCGCCCGUCACGCUCACCGAUCCGCCCCCAGAAAGCCGAGCAGCCAGCUCGACUGUCCCUGAAAAGGGUCGUUGGGAACACAUGCACGUCUCCCACAGGUCUCGACACUGUCAACUCUUGCUUCGCAUAUGUUGCCGGUGGCGCUGUGGUGGUUGUCGACGUGCAAGAAGAUCAGUACUCUCAGCGAUUCUACCGUGCCAGGCCCACCGCUACCCCAACGUAUGGCGUAUCCCCAGUACCACACUCACCGUCGACCCCGAACUCCACGCCGAAAGCCAACGAUAGCAGGAAUAGGGGCCCUCCAAGCGACUGGUCAGACAACCCGUCGUCCAAUAAGACCUGGUCACAACGAGAGCGCAUCAAGGCGGCUACGUGCGUCUCGUUAAGUCGAGACGGGCGAUUCCUAGCCGUCGGCGAAACGGGCUUCGCACCUCGGGUGCUGAUUUUCAAUCUUCAGGACAAUUCAUCCGACAUUCCACUGGUAUCAAUUAGCGAACAUGCAUUCGGCGUGGCUGCUGUGGCCUUCUCUAAGGAUACCAAGUAUUUGGCAUCACUAGGCUCCGCCAAUGAUGGGUUCCUCUACAUCUGGAAAAUUGACCAACGUACAGGUGCUGCCAGGCUGUUCCAACAGAAUAGGUGCACCUCAUCUGUUCGUGGCAUGGUUUGGAUUGGCAACAGCCUCGUGACGUUCGGUGUCCGCCAUGUAAAGGCAUGGAAGGUUGAGGAGCAAGCCCAGGCCACAUCUCCUUCUAAGCAAAAGUUUCCAGGUGAUGGGUCAUUCCCAGUACCGCAGUACCAGAAACCCCUUCCGGGCCGUAACGUGCUGCUUGGCUCACUUCUGGAGGCGACCUUCACCUGUGCGGCCGUCAUCAGUGACGACAAAGCUAUACUCUGCUCAGAAACGGGCGAUAUAUCUAUUCUCGAUGACUCCGGCAAGCAGAUGAGGCUGUUGCGAGUCACAAAUGUCGAAUUUCCUGUGCAGUGCAUCUCACUUUGUGACCAGACUGCCUACGUGGCUGGCAAGAGUGGCCAGUUCACAACCAUCGACGUGGCCAAUCUCUGUGAUGAUGCAGGUGAUUGCGUACUCGGGACAGACAAGUCGGCCGAGGGAACACUAGCAAUGGGCUUCGUUGGGAACCGCCUUAUCACCACAGACGCAAAGAGGUCGAUAGCCAUCUGGAACCCAGGCGAAAAGCCCGCGAAGGAGGCAUCGGGCACCGCAGCUGUACCCAUUCCUGGCUAUAGUGACGCUAUCAUGGGUGUUGGGGUUCUUUCCAGUCAUAAUUCGUCUGAUGCCGCCUUCUUCACCUGGUCCGGGUGCGGCAAGGUUGUCCUCUGGGGCUCUGAUGGUUCCAUCAAGUCGUCUUUUGAGGUAUCUGUCGAACAACCAGAAGUUUUGGAUGAGCUGGAGCCACCAAACGAGCUGUGUAUUGUCGCAGCAAGUAAACGCGGCCAACUGUUUGUCACUGCCGACCGUCUCGGUGUGUUGAAGGUCGUCGACUUCAACACUAAAGAAUGCCUGAUGGAUACCAAAGCACACGCGUCUAUGUGUCAGGUAGUGGCGAUAUACGAGUAUGAGGACAACAGCAGGAGGGCUAUCAUAGCGUCAUGUGGACGUGACAGAACGGCGCAACUUUUUCGCAGAACAUCGACAGGCACCUUUGAACAUUUCCAGACACUGGAGUUCGCCGCAAAGGUGGUUCAUGUCCUCGUACCAUCAGAGGACAAGGUCAUCACCUGUUCCAUGGACAGGACUCUACAAAUUCAUGAUCUAGUCUCCAAAGAGGGCGACCCGGAUUCCAUCGCCGCUAUUCCAUCCCGAGUCAUAACACUAAAGGGCUCACCUUCUUCGAUGGUAAUGGAUGACAGAUCAGUCUUCGUUUCCCUCCUGGACCGUUCCGUAUGUCAAUAUGAUAUCACAACCGGUCGUCUUCUCAACACCUUCAAAUGCAUCGAUGAAGGCGGAGCCGAGUCGGUCGUCCUGGAUUCUUUGAUUUAUGGACAACCUCUCUCAACAAGCGAGCCAUCGUUCCUUUUAGGUGUGUCCAAUACGGACAAGUCGGUGAGGAUUUACGACUCGCAGAGAGGUUCGUUUUUGGGUCGCGACUGGGGCCACAGUCAGGCCAUCAACGGCGUGGCAUUGCUGGAAGAUGAGGGGCAGACCAGGACGGUUGUGAGCGUAGCCUCUGACGGCACAAUUAUGAUUUGGGCUCUUGACCUGAGUGAUCCGAUAGCAUCAUUGAUGAGUAGGGAUCCAUCGCCAGCAAAGGAGCCGGUAUUGACCUCAAGUAAGCCAACUCUCAGAAAAGUUUUAUCCAAAGCAGAGCUUGCCGAAUUCCAGCGGCCUCAGUCAUCGGGAGGACGGCGGUCACCACCCAGGACGCUAUCUCGCCGCACCUCAAAGUAUGGGUUGUUGGCCGCUGGCUCAAGGACUCCGACACCAGCGGCUCAAACGUCCCCAGGAAGCAGUACAAUUGUUGAAGACCCUCCCUCGAGAAGGGUCUCCUCUGGAAGCGGUGACUCUGGCACCACACCGCCGCCAGUAAGUCCGAGGACGCGAGGAGUAGCUAGGAGGCCCUCGCUACCUGCUCUGAGCACAACGCCCCCCGCAGCCAUGGCUUCGUCCAUGUUGCUGUCUGGGCCUCGAAAGAAACAAAGUACGAGCAGCUUGCGAUCAUCGCCUGCUUUAGCAUCAUCUUCGUCAACAUCAUCAUCCCCGUAUGGCUUCGGGACGCUCAGCAUGGCGACAGAACAGACAUGCCGCACGUUACGGGCAUACCGCAAGAAGCUUGCGGCGGCUGAUACGGACCCCCAACAACAGCCUAUCCGUCCAGAGAUACUUGCUGAACUAGACGCAGAGCUGCGACUUACCGCAGCGGCCUUGGGUGACCGUGCCAUGCGCGACAACAGCUCCAAGGCUCUGGACGAUGGCCUGCUGAGCGGACUUCUGGACACCUACUCGGAGCGUCUGGUCAGUAUGCUAGAUGCAAAGUUGCGACUACGGGCCAGCUUAGGCCCUCCGUCGCCUGAAAUUGGAACCCAAACAGCCCUCCUCGGGCAAGAUACGCAAAGGUCGUCCUACAGCAGUACCAGCAGUAGCGAUCUGAACAUUAUUGUUACCUAG